GCCUCGGCGGAGCGCGCAAGGCCGGCCUCCGCGAGCGUGGGACGAGCGUGAACCGCGGCGCGGCUGUGUGACUCCUUCCCCAGCCCUCCUCCCGGCUCAGGCGAGGACAGUGUGCGGCGGCGGCGGCGGCGGCGGCACCCGGGCCCGCGAAGCCGGACGAGGCGGCUCUGCCGGGCAUGGUGGUCUGGGGCAACGCAGAAGAAGCUCCACCAUGAGACGAGGUGGAUGGAGGAGGCGAGCUGAAAAUGAUGGCUGGGAAAAAUGGGGUGGGUAUAUGGCUGCCAAAGUCCAGAAAUUGGAGGAACAGUUUCGAUCAGAUGCUGCUUUGCAAAAGGAUGGAACUUCAUCUACGAUUUUUAGUGGAGUUGCCAUCUAUGUUAAUGGAUAUACAGAUCCUUCUGCUGAGGAAUUGAGAAAGCUAAUGAUGUUGCAUGGAGGCCAAUACCAUGUGUAUUAUUCCAGAUCCAAAACAACACACAUUAUUGCCACAAAUCUUCCUACUGCCAAAAUUAAAGAGUUAAAGGGGGAAAAAGUAAUUCGGCCAGAAUGGAUUGUGGAAAGCAUCAAAGCUGGACGACUCCUGUCCUACAUCCCCUAUCAGCUGUACAGCAAGCAGUCCACUGUGCAGAAAGGUCUCAGCUUCAAUCCUGUAUGCAAACCUGACGACCCUAUCCCCGGUCCAAGCAAUAGAGCCAAACAGCUCAACAGCAGGGUAAAUCACAUAAUUAAGAAGAUUGAGACAGAAAACGAAGUCAAAGUCAAUGGAAUGAACAAUUGCAAUGAAGAAGAUGCAAAUAAUGAGUUUAGUUUUGUGGAGCUGGAGCAGAUCCUUCCAGGAAGGAAACAAAACGGAAUUCCGCAUCACAGAGACAGCCCUGCCAUUUUUAAUGGACACACUCAUAGCUCUAAUGGUGCCUUAAAGACACAGGAUUGCUUGGUGCCUGUGGGCAACAGUGUUGCCAGCAGGCUGUCCCCUGACUCUGCCCAGGAGGAGGGGAAGGCUGAGAAAAGCAGCACCGACUUCAGAGACUGCGGUGGGCAGCAGCUGCCACACAGCACCAGAGACAUAGAUGCUUUGCAGAAUCCACACAGAACUAGUUCCUCCUUGUUGUCAUCUUUGCACACUAACACUAAAAUAAAUGGUGCUCACCACUCCACUGUUCAGGGGCCUUCAAGCACAAAAAGCACUUCUUCAGUACCUGCUCUUAGCAAGGCAGCACCUUCAGUGCCAUCCAAACCCUCCGACGGCAGUUUUAUUUCAGACUUCUAUUCUCACUCAAGACUGCAUCACAUAUCAACGUGGAAGUGUGAAUUGACUGAAUUUGUCAAUACCCUACAAAGACAAAGUAGUGGUAUCUUUCCAGGAAGGGAAAAGUUAAAAAAAAUGAAAACAGGCAGGUCUGCACUUGUUGUAACUGACACAGGAAAUAUGUCAGUAUUGAGUUCACCCAGACAUCAGAGCUGUAUAAUGCAUGUUGAUAUGGAUUGCUUCUUUGUAUCAGUGGGUAUACGAAAUAGACCAGAUCUCAAAGGAAAACCAGUGGCUGUUACAAGUAACAGAGGCACAGGAAGGGCUCCUUUACGUCCUGGCGCUAACCCCCAGUUGGAGUGGCAAUAUUACCAGAAUAAAAUCCUGAAAGGAAAAGCAGCAGAUAUACCCGAUUCAUCAGUGUGGGAGAAUCAAGAUUCUGCACAAACAAAUGGAAUUGAGUCUGUUUUGUCAAAGGCUGAAAUUGCAUCUUGUAGUUAUGAAGCCAGACAAGUUGGUAUUAAGAAUGGAAUGUUUUUUGGGUACGCUAAACAACUUUGCCCUAAUCUUCAAGCUGUUCCAUAUGAUUUUCAUGCAUAUAAGGAAGUUGCACGCACGAUGUAUGAAACAUUGGCAAGCUACACACAUAACAUCGAAGCGGUCAGCUGUGAUGAAGCCCUGGUGGACAUCACUGAAAUCCUGGCAGAGACCAGACUCACUCCUGAUGAAUUUGCAAAUGCUGUCCGCACGGAAAUCAAAGACCAGACUAAAUGUGCUGCCUCUGUUGGAAUUGGUUCUAAUAUUCUCCUGGCUAGAAUGGCAACUAGAAAAGCAAAACCAGAUGGCCAGUACCACUUAAAACCAGAAGAAGUAGAUGAUUUUAUCAGAGGUCAGCUAGUUAUUAAUCUACCAGGAGUUGGCCGUUCGAUGGAAUCCAAAUUGGCAUCUUUGGGAAUUAAAACAUGUGGAGACUUGCAACACAUGACCAUGGCAAAACUCCAAAAAGAAUUUGGUCCCAAAAUAGGUCAGAUGCUUUAUAGAUUCUGCCGUGGUUUGGAUGAUAGACCUGUUCGAACUGAAAAGGAAAGAAAAUCUGUUUCAGCCGAGAUCAACUAUGGAAUAAGGUUCACCCAGCCAAAAGAAGCAGAAGCUUUUCUUCUGAGCCUUUCAGAAGAAAUUCAAAGACGACUUGAAGCUGCUGGCAUGAAGGGUAAACGCCUGACUCUCAAAAUCAUGGUACGAAAGCCGGGGGCCCCUGUAGAAACAGCAAAAUUCGGAGGCCAUGGAAUUUGUGAUAACAUCGCCAGGACUGUAACUCUUGACCAGGCAACAGACAGUGCAAAAAUAAUUGGAAAGGCAACACUAAACAUGUUCCAUACAAUGAAAUUAAAUAUAUCGGAUAUGAGAGGGGUUGGGAUUCAUGUGAACCAGUUGGUCCCAGCUAAUCCCAACCUGUCCGCGUGCCCCAGUCGCCCAUCAGGUCAGCCAGGCCACUCUCCUGCUGGGUCACACUCUGUCCUCGAUCUCUUCCAAGUUCAGAAAGCUAAGAAGUCCACAGAAGGGGAGCAAAAUGAAGUAUUUGCUGCCACCACGGAUCUGGAAAUGUCAUCGGCCUCCGGAACGUGCACUUUCCUGCCAUCUUUUCCCACACAUGGGACAUCAAGUACCAGUCCCACUACUAGCAAAGCCGAGUCCUCAGGGAAGUGGAAUGGUCUACAUUCUCCCGUCAACUUAAAAUCAAGAUUUAACCUGAGCAUAGAGGUCCCAUCACCUUCCCAGCUCGAUCAGUCCGUUCUAGAAGCGCUUCCCCCUGAUCUCCGGGAACAAGUAGAGCAAGUUUGUGCCAUGCCACGUGGUGACAGAAAAAAAGAACCGGUAAAUGGCUCUAAUACAGGAAUUUUGCCUCAACCAGUUGGGACAGUUUUGUUACAAAUACCAGAACCUCAAGAAUCUAACAGUGACACAGGAAUUAAUGUAAUAACCCUUCCAGCAUUUUCACAGGUGGACCCUGAGGUGUUUGCUGCCCUUCCUGCUGAGCUUCAAAGGGAGCUGAAAGCAGUGUAUGAUCAAAGACACAGGCAGGCUGAGAGCGCUCAGCAGCACACAGCCAGAGAGGCCGUGCUAAAGAAUCCAUUACUUCAGCUAAAACCAGCAACAUUGAAAGAAAAGAAACGAAACAAGAAGAAAAAUCUUAUGAGUUCCCCCCAAAAGAUUCAGAGUCCCCUGAAAAACAAGCUGCCGAGUAGUCCCGCUAAAACCCUGCCGGGCGCCUGCGGGGAUCCCCAGAAGCUGAUCGAUGGCUUUCUGAAACACGAAGGUCCUGCUCCUGAGAAACCUCUGGGAGAAGGCGCUGCUUCCCCAUCAGGCAGCACGGGCCCUGGUGACCUGCAGCCUGCAGCGUCUGGCUGCGCUAGACCCCCAGCCCCCAACCUGGCUGGAGCGGUGGAGUUCAGUGACGUGAAGACCUUGCUCAGAGAGUGGAUCACCACCAUUUCAGAUCCAAUGGAAGAAGACAUUCUGCAAGUUGUGAAGUACUGUACUGACCUCAUAGAAGAGAAAGACCUGGAAAAACUGGACCUAGUCAUAAAAUACAUGAAAAGGUUGAUGCAGCAGUCGGUGGAAUCAGUUUGGAAUAUGGCAUUUGACUUUAUUCUUGACAAUGUUCAGGUGGUUUUACAACAAACUUAUGGGAGCACAUUAAAAGUCACCUGAAUAUACCACAGAGCCUGUGCUCGCCGCUGGCUGUGCCAUAAGUGCUUGUGCGGUAUUUGCAAAGUGCAUGAUAGUAAUGCUCCAAGUUUUUAUAAUUUUAAAUUUCUUUUUGAGCAAGUGUUUUGUACAUUUCUUUUCAAUAAGUGCCAAAUUUGUCAGUAUUGCAUGUAAAUAAUUGUGUUAAUUCUUUGACUGUAGUAUAGAUUCUAUUUACAAAAUGUUUGUUUAUAAAGUUUUAUGGAUUUUUACAGUGAAGUGUUUACAGUUGUUUAAUAAAGAACUGUAUGUAUAUUUUGUA